AUGGCGAUGGCGUCGUCGAGCGGGCUGAGGAGCUGCAGCGCCGUGGGCGUGCCGAGCCUGCUGGCGCCUUCGUCCAGGUCCGGCCGCUCCGGGCUGCCGUUCUGCGCCUACGCCACCACCUCCGGCCGCGUCACCAUGUCCGCCGAGUGGUUCCCCGGCCAGCCCCGCCCCGCCCACCUCGACGGCUCCUCGCCAGGAGACUUCGGGUUCGACCCCCUGGGCCUCGCCACCGUGCCGGAGAACUUCGAGCGGUUCAAGGAGUCCGAGAUCUACCACUGCCGCUGGGCCAUGCUCUGCGUGCCUGGGGUGCUGGUGCCGGAGGCGCUGGGACUGGGCAACUGGGUGAAGGCGCAGGAGUGGGCGGCGCUCCCCGACGGGCAGGCGACGUACCUGGGCAACCCGGUGCCGUGGGGCAACCUGCCGACCAUCCUGGCGAUCGAGUUCCUGGCCAUCGCCUUCGCGGAGCAGCAGCGCACCAUGGAGAAGGACCCGGAGAAGAAGAAGUACCCCGGCGGCGCCUUCGACCCGCUCGGCUUCUCCAAGGACCCCGCCAAGUUCGAGGAGCUCAAGCUCAAGGAGAUCAAGAACGGGCGGCUGGCGAUGCUGGCGUUCGUGGGGUUCUGCGUGCAGCAGUCGGCGUACCCCGGCACCGGCCCGCUGGAGAACCUGGCCACGCACCUCGCGGACCCGUGGCACAACAACAUCGGCGACAUCGUCAUCCCCAGAAAUAUCUACGGCCCUUGA